UUUUUUUUUUUCAUUUAUCUCUCUUGAUGACUUUCUCGCCUGCCACACCACCUUAUGACUUUGAACAUAUUUCUACCAACAAACCAUUUCACCAAACCUCGGUAGCUGCGCCCGAUAUGAUGAUUGCUCCUUCUUCGCCCCCUGACCUUCAUAAGGAAUUACCGUUGUUUUGUACAAAUCAAAUACAAAAUAAGCAGCAUUGCCAUCGCAGAACAAAAUCCAUGCCUUAUAGAUCACCUUCCAUCAACGAUAACAACAUCCAUAAGCACAUUGUGUUUCAGUUGAGCAUGAAUGAUACGAUAAGGAUCAUCCGUGGUCACUCUUUACUCUCAUCCAUACGUAAACAAUCUAGUCAGCAUCGCAUCUCUCAUAGACCUUACAAGAAAAAGAAACUUGGUCAUAUUGCUACCAUGAUUGAAAUACCCAGAUCAAUAAUCGCUUAUGAUCCAUCCCCUAAAUCACAAGAAAAAUCGAUCGAAAACAACAUUCAGCCCAAAUCUGCAAAACGACGUGUUGUACAACAGCAGUUUCCUAUACAGUACUUACCUCCUCCUACCUCUGGUCGUCCUUGUAGAAUCAAAGGUCCAUGCCAAGCUUGUCAAGAGACUGCCGAUGGUUGUAUGCGAAAAGCAUUUGAUUGGCCAUUCGAAACAAGUCAGACAUUCUUUGAUAAGGGAAAACCCUAUGUCUAUCUUUGUAAUAAAUGCGGCUUACGGUAUAACAAGAGUAAUGGCUGCGUUUGUCGUCACUGUCGAUGGGUGUUUUGUAAAGAAGAAAAAAGAAAAGCGCUGCUCCACAUUGAUGCCAUGCGUCGUCGUCGUCCAGAUGGCUACGUUGACCCCAACGAAGAGAUCGAAAACUUUGUAUGCAAUCCAAAGUAUUGGUCUUGUGGUAAACCCUGGAAGGUUGGUUGGGUAUUAAAUACUAUCCACAAUAGUAACGAGGAUGAAGAUCAAGAUUAAAACCAAAAAUCAUACCAUUUGUAUAUCUCUUCCCUAUCUCCCCCUUUCUUUGUUCAGUUUUCUGUAUAUAGUGCAUAUAUAUAAAAAGUUGAUUCCUUUGUCUCUUUUUUUUGUAGGCUGUUCCUGGUUUCCAUGUAAACAAAUUGAUCUGUCGUCAUAGUUACAUAUAGUAAUAAACAUAGUUCUAAAGGAGACUUGAUUUAGCCACGGAUGAUAUAUGCGUCUGUAUCUUCCUUUCUUGGCUCUAUACCUGAAUUAUUUAGCCGCAUAAAUCAAGAGCAUAUUUGUAUUUGAAUAUAUUUAUAAAUGUAUUCCUCGCUUUUGCAUGUGUUCUCGAUCUCUCUUUUUUUUUUUGAUCUCAUGCUGAUACGCGUGCUGGGACCCGGAAUAAUUUGAAACACGUAAAAGGAAAAAAAAA